GGAGGGUGGGUUCUCUGCUGAUAUGCAAAAGAUUUGAGCUCGCAGAGGCUCUUGUUUUGGAGGAUUCCGGCCUUGACCUUUCUUACCUUUGAAGCCCAGACUCAGUUGCAAACUGUUUGGGGGCUACCAGAACUGCGGGAAAGAUGGGGAGGGUGGAGGAGGGUGCCGUCUGCUCUGUUUUCACUAGCCCCUUCUACCCGCGCCCCCACCGCACUGGUUCUGUCUGAAUAUUUAUAUUCUUGCCAACAGCGGCUUGAGUUUGGCAGAAACAUUGUUUUGUUUCUGUCCCAGGGUGCAGGCUUCAUUCCCUUCAGCCUGCAGGGUUAGAAGGAGGAGCCUAUCUGGGCAUGUGGAGCUUUCAGGUGGGAAGGGCCGGCAGGGGUGGAAUUACCUUAUAAGGAGUGGAAUAAGGGCAAGGACCCAGGCCAACUUCCUGCUUCUGCUACCACUGAUCAGUCCCUUUGCCAACACAGGCUAAAAACCACAGAGUGAUGCCAGGUGGGCAUCCUACCUGGGAGGAUGCCAGUAAGACCAAGACAUGGAAGUGCUUGUUUUUUCAGAAGAGAACUUUCUAGAAUUCUCCAGCUAGACUAACCAGACCUUCUGGUUUCCACAGUCUUGAGUUGGGAAAUGCUAGAGUCGGUGCCCUCUGUAGACAUAGGGAACAAUUGAAGUAUCACCCAGGAAGACCAGAAGGGAUAAUAAGUCACAGGUACUGGGGACUCUUGAGGGGGCCCCAUAUGUGUAACAAAAACUUUGUAACGUGGGCAGUCAAGGGCACCACAUUGAGACUCUUCUCGUUGGUCAUCUGGGAUUUUGAAUUUGGGUUUGUUUUUUUUUUAAUCUCCAGAAGGCUUCUUAGUCCUCCUCGGGUUGUAGAGCGCUGCCUUUUGCCCGGUUUCCUCUCCUUGGCCUCCGCUCAGUCUUCCAUAUCCGUUCCAGAGCCCCGAGUUCUCACCCCACGCGCUGACUUGUUCCCUCCAGCAGAGACGACCUAAUCCCACCCCGCUCUACCUCCCCGCUUUGUUUGUUAACAAGUACUUGUUGUGUGACAACUCUAUCUACAGCCUGUUCUGAGCAUAUUUGAGGCUAUUCAGGACUCUAGUUGGGGACACAUGACACAUUCCGAAAGCACCUUGAAAACUUGACAGUAGAGGGGAACGACUCAGGCCGUGCCACCUGUCAUUCAUAGGCUAGGUGACAGUGGGCAAGGUCACUGAUCCCCCUCCCCCACCCCGGUGUCCCAGGAUGCUCUCUUGGACGAUGGCAGUAGCCGUGUCUCCCAUGCUCACAAGGAUCAGAGAUGGCUGUGUAAGGAGCCAGAGUCUCUUCAGCAGGAGGGUCCCCAGCCUACCUUGCCAUGUCUCGCCGAAGCCAGCGCCUUUCACGCUACUCCCAGGGUGAUGAUGACGGAGGCAGCAGCAGUGGAGGGAGUUCGGUGAUGGGAAGCCAGAGCACCCUGUUCAAAGACAGUCCUCUCAGGACCCUGAAGAGGAAAUCCAGCAACAUGAAGCGCCUGUCCCCAGCGCCCCAGCUGGGCCCCUCCUCUGAUGACCACACCUCCUACUACAGCGAGUCGGUGGUCAGGGAGUCCUACUUCGGCAGCCCCCGGGCCGCCUCCCUGGCCAGGAGCUCCAUCCUCGACGACCACCUGCACAGUGAGCCCUACUGGGGUGAGGACCUGCGGGUGCGCCGGAGGAGAGGCACGGAGAGCAGCAAACUCAACGGGCUUGCUGAGAACAGGAGCUCCGAGGACUUCCUGGGGUCCUCCUCCGGCUACUCUUCCGAGGAUGACUUUGCAGGCUACUCGGAGACGGACCACCAGAGUUCGGGUUCACGGUUAAGGAACGCCGUCUCCUGGGCAGCCUCUUGUCUCUGGACGCUUGUCACUUCUCCAGGCCGGCUCUUUGGCCUCCUCUACUGGUGGGUUGGCACGACCUGGUAUCGCCUGACCACAGCUGCCUCCCUUCUUGAUGUCUUCGUUUUGACCAGGCGCUUCUCAUCUGUGAAGACAUUCCUGUGGUUCCUCCUGCUGCUGCUGCUCACGACUGGCCUGACCUACGGUGCUUGGUAUUUCUACCCCUACGGGCUGCAGACCUUCCACCCUGCUUUGGUUUCCUGGUGGGCUUCGAAGAGCAGCGGCAGGCAGCAGGACGUGUGGGAGCCCAGAGACUCCUCCCACUUCCAGGCCGAGCAGCGCAUCUUGUCCCGAGUCCACUCUCUGGAGCGGCGCUUGGAAGCUCUGGCCGCAGAAUUUUCCUCCAACUGGCAGAAGGAGGCCAUGCGGCUGGAGCGGCUGGAGCUGCGGCAGGGGGCCGCCGGCGGGGGGGGCCACGUGGGCCUGAGCCAGGAGGACACGCUGGCGCUUCUGGAGGGGCUGGUGAGCCGCCGUGAGGCUGCCCUGAAGGAGGACUUCCGCAAGGACACCGCCGCUCGGAUCCAGGAGGAACUGGUCACCCUGAGAGCAGAGCAUCACCGAGACUCCGAAGACCUCUUUAAGAAAAUUGUCCAGGCUUCCCAGGAGUCUGAGGCUCGACUCCAGCAGCUGAAGUCUGAGUGGCAAAGGAUGACCCAAGAGGCCUUCCGAGAGAACUCUGCGAAGGAGCUGGGGCGGCUGGAGGGCCAGCUGGCAGCCCUGCGGCAGGAGCUGGCGGCCCUGAGCCUGAAGCAGAGCUCGGUGGCAGACCAAGUGGGCCUCCUGCCCCAGCAGCUGCAGGCUGUGAGGGAUGACGUGGAGUCUCAGUUCCCUGCCUGGGUCAGUCAGUACCUUCUCCGAGGUGGGGGAACCCGCGCGGGGCUCCUGCAGCGAGAGGAGAUGCAAGCUCAGCUGCAGGAGCUGGAGAGAAAGAUCCUCGCCCACGUGGCCGAGAUGCAGGGCAAGUCCGCGAGGGAGGCCGCGGCCAGCCUGGGGCUGACGCUGCAGAAGGAAGGCGUGAUCGGGGUGACGGAGGAGCAGGUGCAGCGCAUCGUAAACCAGGCCCUGAAGCGCUACAGCGAGGACCGCAUCGGGAUGGUGGACUACGCUCUGGAAUCGGGAGGGGCCAGUGUCAUCAGCACCCGGUGUUCGGAGACCUAUGAGACCAAGACGGCCCUCCUCAGCCUCUUCGGCAUCCCCCUGUGGUACCACUCCCAGUCCCCCCGAGUCAUUCUCCAGCCAGACGUGCACCCAGGCAACUGCUGGGCCUUCCAGGGGCCCCAGGGCUUUGCCGUGGUUCGCCUCUCUGCCCGCAUCCGCCCCACUGCUGUCACCUUAGAGCAUGUCCCCAAGUCCUUGUCGCCCAACAGCACCAUCUCCAGUGCCCCCAAGGAUUUCUCCAUCUUUGGGUUUGAUGAAGACCUACAGCACGAGGGGACACUUCUUGGCCAGUUCACCUAUGACCAGGAUGGGGAGCCCAUUCAGACCUUCUACUUUCAGGACCCUAAAAUGGCGACAUACCAGGUGGUGGAGCUUCGGAUCUCGACUAACUGGGGUCACCCCGAGUACACCUGCAUCUACCGCUUCCGGGUGCAUGGGGAACCCGCCCACUAAGCCUUCUCUGUGCUGCGGCCAGCCAGCUGGGAGGCCAGCCCCUCAGCGUGUGCCCCUUUCUCUGGGAGGGGGAGAGCAGCACCCCUGCCACUUCCCCACAUGCUUGACCAGCACACAGACUUCCAGGAGCAGGAACCCCUGGCCUGAUGGAGCUGAGAAGAUGCAGGGCUGUCCUAGCAGCAGGACAGCUCGAGGGGGACAGCAAGCUCCAGUGUCCCUUUUCUUUGUCUUCUUUGUGCCAGGCACUGGGGGUCUACUUCCCCCUCUUGGAAGGGUGUAUAUAUGUAGCAUAUCGUGGGGGAUUGAGAGACAGGGAGAGAGGCAGUGAGUGGACAAGUUCCAGCAAAGGUGGGUGAAACCUGUCUGCCCUUUAGCCAGGGGCUGGCACCGAGGGAGCUGCCGUUGGUAGGCGCGUGCAUAAAGCAGGUGCCAAAGCCGUGGGUGGGCUGUAAGUGAGGGCCUGGAGCAAGUGAGCUGCCCCCAGCGGCUGGCGGGGAAGUGAGGGCCUCCAGGAGGAAAUGUGCUCGUGGUACAGGUUAGGAUUGAGCCCCAGGCGGGCAGCUCCUUGUACAGGGUAGCCGGGCUCUUCCAGAAGUCUAGUGCCAUCAACCUAAGGGAGCUUGACCCAUGAGGUCCCCCAAAGGCCUCGCCACACUGUACUUGUUCUGGGUCAAAGUGGGCCCUUGGGCUUUCCAUACCCCUCGAGGGUCUGGCUCCUGUAAGCCUCUGAGGGGCGAGGGGGCCGGCCUGUCCAAUUCCCCCUCUGCUGGGGCUAGUUGCUUUCUCUCUCCCGAUGCUGAGACCGAGGUCCACUCUGCUCCCCAUUCCUGCUAGGCCUGCCUGUGUGCCAGAGCAAGCUUGUCACAUUCCCCCAGGGUGCAGGGAGCCCAGACCAGUUUUUUGAGGCCAGAAGCAGCUGCAGUCAGCUUAAAAGGGUGGGGAGCAGGGUAUGCCCCCAGCUCUCAUGGUGGUCCCACGAGUAUGAUAGUGACAUUGAAGGUGUCACGGUGGCAAGAGGUCUGUCUGCUGUGGGUCCCCAUCCUAGUCAGGCCCGAGUGUAAGGGCCCUAGUUCUCAGCUGCCCCCUCGGGACUCUUCCGGCUCUUGCUCAGUUUGUUUCCUUCUAGCUCAUUUUCUACGGGGGUGGCGGCAUUCAGGGGUGGUGGGCUGGGGGAAGAGAGGGCUCUGCUGUAUUAUGUAUAUAUUCUUCAAGGUCUGAUUCUUAACUGAAAAGCUUUGGGCUUGAUCCCUAGCCCCGCUGUGUGGGGCACGGGCUGACUCAGCUCCUCCUUACCCAGCUGCCACAAGGGGCUGCUGUGGAGGCAGGCGCCCUGGGAGCAGGGCUAAGCCCUAGAUGGGCUCCUGGGGGAGGAAGCUGGGAGGAAGCUGGGAGUAAGACGAGGCCCGAGGCCACCUGCAGCCCUCUGGCAGCAGCCCCAGCCCUGACAACCAGGUUUCAUUUUGCGCUCUCCUGUCACAAAUGCUGCACUAUCGGUUCUGAACUUUUUAUCUCCAGAUUCUAAUUUAUGCCUAUGCAAAAAAAAAUAAAUUAUGCCCAGGA